CUAGCGUUCACGUCAGUGGCGCUACGCCUGUGGCGCUACGCCUUAGGAUUACGUGUCUGUGUUGUGUCUCUUCUGAUUGGCUUGAGUUGUGUUAGUGGGCGCGGCAUAGCACGUGCUGCACAGUGUUACACACUGUUGAAUGGGCUCCACGCUUUACGAUCGAGCUGCGCCGAUCAUUAUUGAUUUUCUGUUCUCCAGACUUUUCAAUAUUAAAAAGUCAGCGAUUUACGGUGCGACGUUUGUGUUUCCGCAUAGCUCGCGAUCCAUAUCGUAUCGCUCGCUUCCACGGGAUCUAUUCCGUUUAGGUCUCCGUAUCUGGAUCACUGUUGGAUCUACCAUUAGAUGGUAGCAGAGCCGACAGCGGUUCUCUGAUUUGAUUCGAUUUGUGUCAGGCAAAUUUGGCCUGUUAUCUGACGUGUUAUUUGUGACCAGUAAGGCACAGGUCUGUGUGACAGCAAAGCGCACACCACAAGCGGUGAAACUGCCUCAUCGGACGUGGAUCUCCAGCUUUGGUUUUCGGUACGGUAUCUUCAGCGAAGAACCGUGCUGUUUCCUUAGCUGUGCAAGAGUUAAAGAGUUCAGUCGGCGGUGUUCCUCGGUGCGGAGUCUUCAGCGAAGACCUGCACUGGUGUCACCGUUACUCGGCAAGGCUUCAGCGAAGCCUAAGCCGUGGGCCACAAGCGGCGAAGCGCCAAAAGGGGCGCACGGGAAAAGACAGAUCAGACUCCUCCAAACUGGAGUAGAGCGCCACUACUGUUGCUACGGCAGUCAGCCGGCACAGUAACCCACCAAAAGCGUGCGGCACAACCGUUACGGUAAAACCGGCGGCAGCGCGGGAACGGACAGUGGAAGAAGAAUCUGGAUCAUCUGGAUCGAUUCUCGUGGAACGGACGAGGAAACAGAAGGUAAGCACAGUUAAUGGACAGAUUGGAACGACAAAACUCGGAUAAUUCAGACUCUGAAUGUAUCGGAAACCCACUAAAAGCAUCAACACCUAUAAGAAUGGAAGGUGAAUACGGUUAUGACACCUCAUAUGGUGAAGGAUCAACGUCGUCAGUGGGAACGGCUCAGAAUGAACCUGGAACAAGUCAAGGAGGUUACUAUGGCGGCCAGGGAUAUUACGUGUAUCACGAUCCAGGACAGCAGACGAGUUAUCAGGACACGGUUAACUGGGUGCACCACGGCUCACCUGCCGGAACCCAGUAUUCGGGACAAGCAACGGUCGCCCCUUAUCAACCGUAUCCAGGAUCGUAUACCCCACCGAUGGGACCACCACAAGUAAUGAUGGGACCGGCAAGAAUGUUGAUGCCGCCACCGCAACAGACCACACCGAGUCGAUUUAUGGGACAUGGUGGAUUCAGCGGAACUCCACCACGAUCACAAAGGUCAUCUCCGAUAUUACCGCCUUUUCCGGAGACGGGAGGCUUGUCACUGUCGGAUAUCGGAGCGCCUCGUAUGAGAACACCGCAGCAACUUGGAGCGCAGCGCCCUCAUCGUAAUUCGCCACACAGAGGAGGAAGGCGACCGAGAGGCAUUCUACCGUCACUGGGUCCAAACUUGGACGAGACUGGACCAGAUGGUUUACGGCUUACGCCUCCAGGUGAACCUUCAAUACACGCAUACGCACCGAAGCUUCCUUUGGAUUUGAGAGAAGACGACGCAAGCUUAAAUAUGAUUCCGAAUAAGGAGGACAAACUGACGGAAAACGACUUGGAAGCUAUCCGAGAAUUUAAUCGGAAAUGCCGCGAACUUUAUAGAAUUCACAUGCGAGUUGAAGACGAACACGCAUGGUACGGAAAGUUAAUCAGCCUGGAAGCCGUUAUUAAACCAUGUCAUAUCGCCCUGAAGGAAAAGACAAAACUGAUCGAAAAAGAGCGCAGUGAAUACGCGAUAAAAGUUGCGUCGAUGUGGCAAUACCACCCGUCGCUAAAUGGUAGGCCAUGGCCUUCGAUCGUCGAAAAGAUCCUUAGGUAUCUUAAAGUGUUCCCGGAAACAAGACAGAUGCAUCCUACCAGCGUCACGGGACCAUCUAAACCCAGAGCUGAAAAAGAUGCCCCGGUUGAUGAAAUGACGGACGAGGACCUUUUGGCCACAAAGCAGAGGAUUGAUGCCGUAUUAACGGAACGAGCAGAAAGGUCACGGGCCAGCUCGGUUGCAGGAUCAGGACGUGGACGUACUAGUUCGGUCACAGAACCAUCCAGUGGCACCACGAAGAGUGGAAAAAGAGUGAGAUCACCGACGACAAGCCCAAAAGAAACUGACAAGAAAGGGCAGCGAACAAAGAAGCCCACAGAAAGCAAAGCAACACCAGCUGAGCCGGCAAAGCCACAGGCCCCGAUUCCAGUGGGUAGAAAGAGUGUACCACCCACGCCGAAAGGAACAGAAGGUCAGAUUCGAUUCCCGAAGUGUAGAAGUUUCACCGGCCAAAUACACUGGGGAAGACCAUAA